AUGGAGACGGAGAUCCCCACUGCAGCCUUUAGAUCAUCGGACAACCCGAACUCUGGUAACAAUCUCAAGAGGAAGCGAAGGCCUCGUGCGCCGAUAGCUUGUGGUACAUGCCGGGCUCGUAAAGUCAAGGUCGGUCAAGCUCUGAUGAUGCCUUUAACGAACAGACAUGUUGACCACAUUCCCUUCAGUGUGAUGGAAGUUCGCCAUGCUCCAAUUGUGUUCGACACGAAUUCUCGUGCUCGUACAAAGAAGGACAGGAAGACCCGUAUACCGAGUAAAAGGUCAUCCUCAUACAAUCCCACCGGCCGCCUGCAACAACGUUUGCAGCCUCAACCUCAGCUGAUACCUCAGCCACAGCCAUCAUUGCCUGAGCAUCUUCACCCAUCACCAGUUAGCCUAGAUGAACCAAUCAAGCACGAGAACCCGAUCCAGCUGAACCCACAAGAGCCAAGCCGCAUGGAUAGGGGCUCAUCAACAUCUUCGGAACAAGAAGUAGACGGCCUCGGUCAGGUCAAUGAGCACACCGAGGGUGCCGAGUUUUACGGACCCACUGGGACAUUUUACUUCCUCGCCCGGCUUCGCUCUCGGGCGAACACACAGAAGCAACCGGAAGCCGGCACGCACCGUAAGCAAAGCUCUAUUGUAAAUCUCCUGCACAGUUCGGAUUACUCGACGCCUCCGGACUCUCGGAUUCUCGGUCAGAACCAGUUUGCAAAGGCAAGUCCGCAGAGCAAUGGCGGCAGGAGGGAGUCGUAUCAGCAAGGCGUUGUUGCCGAUGUCGUUCUUACCGCGGUGGAUGCCGCGUUUGCGACUGAGCUUGAGCGGGAAUGUGUCCGCCUGUACUUCCAAAACUUGCACAACAUCCACCCGAUCCUCGAGCAGAUGACCUUUCUCAAAAGAUGUGAGGAAGAAAUAUGGUCGAGGCUUUCGAGGCCAGAUAUGAUAAUCUCUGCACAAAUGCGUCGGGAGGCGAGGUUUCUGGCACUGUACAAUGUUGUCAUUGCUAUCGGCGCUAUUACCGCGGGAGAGACGUCCUUACUCAUGGAAGACCACACCAAAGAGUUCUUGGACCGGACUGGGCAAACCAGCGACGAAGAAGCACUCUACCCACCUAUUCGCUUGGCAAGAAGAUUCUUCGAAAGGUCAAGGCUUCACCUUGAAGACAUUUGCGAGUCGAGUUCGCUUGAAACUGCGCAGACACUAUUCCUCAUGUCGGUAUUCGGUCAAAAUGCGUUGAAGCCACAUAGCUGCUACAUGUAUAGCGGCAUGGCGAUAAGGACUGCGUCGGCCAUGGGUAUCCCAACUAAUACCCGUUCCGAGACAAGCCCGGAAAGCUUGCUUUGGUGGUCUCUUUACUCACACGAGAUCGAAAUGUGCUUUUCUGCUGGGCGUCAAUCGGGACUACGUGCUCCGAGCUCUUACUCAAUACCGUUCCCGAAAACCUCGCAUUUUCCCAACUCGGCGUAUUGUUUGAUCAAUCCUAUGGUUGACUUGGCCAAGAUCCUCAUGUGGAUGACGGACAACCUGGGUCUGCACAGUAGUCACACAUCCUUCCAAAGGCUGUCACAGACUGCGCUCAACCUGGACAGGGAGUUGGAUGACUGGAAGUCUGGUUUACCAAGACAGCUCCGAUUUGACACAUCAUCACUGGAAGACAGCGAAUUCGCCAUGAAGCAAAAGACUGUCCUCAAGCUACGAUUCCUGAACGCCAGGAUACUCCUUCACCGACAGUUCAUCAUCUCAAAGACGCAAGAAGCGGACCGUAACACCGUCGCGCGACAUGUCACCUCGUGCGUCAAAGCUGCCACCGAGACCAUCAAGUUCAUGCACACAAGCUACCUUCACCGACCUUACUUCAGGACAUGGUGGUACAACUGCAUGUACCUUCUAGACGCCUGCAUGGUCCUGCUCCACGUCCUAAUUUCAAACAUCUGUCCCUUCCCCGCCGAAGAGGUUAUGGAAAACAUCGAGCUGAGCCUCGACAUCUUCAAGGCAAUGAAGAUGCUCGCAGUAGCCAGACGAUGCGCCGAUAUUGUCAAAGAACUGCUCAAUGUCGCCGCGAAAACACAUUCAGUACAGCAGCGUCAGACGAGCGUGGCUACAGAAGACGAACCCGCGCUUAGGAUGCAUGAUGACCUUAGCCAGAUGAUCCAGACUUCUCCUGCAUUCAUGUCAGAUGGAAUUGGCCUCCAUCCUGGGGACACCGAGCUUGGAGACGCCAUGAUCCCCGGGGACUUUGAUGCGAACUUGGUGGAUCCGAAUGUUAUGAACAUUAUGAGCAAGGAGCCCAACCAGUCUUCUAGAGACCGAAACGACCUUUGUUACGUUGGAGCAUCCCUCAGCUUCCUGAUUUGGGUGGGAUUGGUGGAACAAGAAAGGCCGUCAGAAGAGUUGGACUCUUGGAGUUUGAGGGCGUCCGCAGGUCUUGGCGGACAAACUCAUGAUGAAUUUACCACGACUAGUAUUCAUCGAAUAACGCCAGAUAUUGCCACCAGUUUCGACUCACAGCAAUGCAACAUGAUCCAAAUUCGCGUCUCUCUCCGCAUCCCUCUAUGCUUGAGUCCUCGUUCUAGAGUUGCACCUAUCAUGCUUUCUAUCACUAUUCCAGGGCUAGUCGUGGCCAUUAGCCUUGUUUCCGCUCAGUCGACCAAAACCACCUCGACCCGAACAACCUCAACAAGCACCAUAAAAUGGCAAGCCUCCGGAGGCGUAUCUUGCCCACACCCAUCGGUCAACACGAAAUGGCCAACAGCCACUGGAAGCACCUCUUUCCCCACUGCCUCCUUGAUUCCAGCCAAUGCGGUAUUUGAUGGCAAGAUGGCUCUGUUUGAUCGCAAAGGUAGCUCCGGCGACUGCAAAGGACAAGCUGAGCAAGAUGAGGCUGCUGCCGUCUUCAUCUUGGAUAGCGGGGCGACGCUGAAGAAUGCCAUCAUUGGCCCUGCUCAGGCUGAGGGCGUACAUUGCCGCGGUCCCUGUACCAUUGAGAACGUUUGGUGGGAAGACGUAUGUGAGGACGCGGCCACAUUCAAAGGUGAGGGAUGGCUACACAUCGACGGCUUCUAUGCCAACAAAUUUGGGAAGUUCUACCGGUCAUGCGGCAAUUGCAGCCAGCAGUUCCAGCGACAUGUCAACAUCACCAAUUUUGUUGGAAUACAAGGAGUAGUCAUGGGGGUAAAUCAAAACUAUGGCGAUACUGCUAUUCUAUCCAAUUACUGUCUCGCAAAGAUUAGAGUCAUCUGCACACGCUACGAAGGUUGCGUCAAGCCGAUUGGUCUUGAUAUUACUUCAAUGUUCAAGUACGUUGUUGCCAUGGACGUAACUGUCCAACCAGGAUACUGCGUCCCAUGCAUCUGA